AUGUUAGCAAAUUUAACAUGCAGUUCCAGAAAGCACUGCAGUUUAGGCUUGAUGAUAGCAGAUGUCUUCAUAAGUACUCUAAUAAUAUUUCCACUGACAGUCCUACAUUGGGAUGGAACCUGGGUGUUACAAGAUGAAUACUUUUUCCCUGACAAUGAACAGAUAAGCACUUUGUUGAGUUUCACAUUGGGAGCAACGAUAUGCAUGUUCCAGUUGUUGAUGCAGCCUCAGUUGGCAGAAUGGAUCACCACAGACACUCCAGCCAUCUACAUUUUGGUUACCCGUAUACAUUUCUACAUACAUGGCUGGGCCAUUCUUUGCUACUGGAGGGGAACGUGGAAUUUGCUAGAUUUCAUGUUCAACAAUGCUAAUCCUAAAUUUAUAUAUGUCAUCAUAAUUAUUUAUGUAAUAUGCCAGUUGUUGAUGAUACUGACCAGAACAGUUCGGUCGGCUGUUGGGGCACCUGUGGCUCUUCGGUUGGAUACAAGCAAUGAUCUUCUUGAAGCCGAUGUAGUUUUUAAAACAUCUCAUGACAACUUUGUAAAAUUCGCUCUUGACUGCCUUUUCACACAAUUUGUGGUUGUGACAAUAUCUAUCACCAUUUGGUGGGCUCUGUGGUGGCUCUUUGACAUAACGUUGUUCAAAGAUCCAUCGACUGAUCCCAUUUGCUGCUUGGUCGGAUUCAUCAUCAGCAUAUCACUUCUCCUACUUCAAGUUCCAUUAUCUCGGAUAUCUGAAUCAUUAGAUGGAAGGUAUUGGCUAAAGUUAGCCUAUGAAGACACAAUUUUUAUCAUAUUAACGUGGGCUAAUGUCAUGUUCUGGAGAGGUUUCUGGAAUGUGUGGAUCAAUGACUUUCUGCCAAAGAAAACUGUUGGCUGCUGGGUGUCGCAUGUCAUUGGUUCGGUGGGCUUGUUGUUCUUGCAGGGUCUCAAUAACGUCGGUCUGAAUGGUAUAGACAGGGAUGGAUCUUAUCAAGGGGGGUCAGGCAUCUUUCCAAAUAAAUACCUGCAAGAAAUAUUCAAGGAAUUCUUAUUUGAUUCGAGUGAGUACAAGGGACUGACUGAUCAAGUCACCGAAAUAACUUCACUGGCUGAUGAAGAUGUUGAGAAGUGCAGUGAAAACAAUAUUGAGGAAUCGGUUGAUAACGUUCAUUCGCAUGAGAUGGCUAUCUGUAUAGAAUCUGAUGAAGAUGAUGUCAGCAAGAGAAAUGAAGUUGUUACUGAAAUCGCUAAAAAUGUUACUGUAUCCUCCAAAUCAACAAAUUACAGCAUGCCGAACAGUGGUCAUCUGAAUGAUAAUUUGAUUGAGUGCAGUGUCAGUGAAAGUUACUUGGGUGGCGCUGAUGAUUUUGAAGAUAGUGAAAAGUUACCCAUGCUUCACUCACUGCAUCGAUGA